AUGUCACAUCGAACAUUUUUGGGAGCGACGUUAUUUCUCCAUAAGCGUGUAUUUGGUGAUAAAUAUGAUCCUAUUAUGGAAAAAGAGGUUUUACCUUGUAAUCAACCCAGUCCCCAAUUUUUGGAAGUCACGUAUCGAAAAGGUGACAUUAACAUACAAACAAAACAAGCUGUUGAUCAACGGUUUUACUAUUUAAAUUUAAAAAAACCAUACAAUACCUUUUUAUCAAUAGCUGAUUAUGUCAAUAAUGGAAAGGUAUAUGAUGAUGAAAAUUUAAUCAAAAAGUUACACGAGUUCAUCAGCAAUUCUCUUGCUGAUUUUGAAACAUGUCAUGGUGAUCAAGAUGGUCCAGGUGGUCAAGGCGGUAAAGGUGCCAUAGGGGGCGGAAAGAUUUCAGUCUAA